AUGAAUGGAUGAAUGGAUGAAUGAACGCUGUUCUGCGGGGACGGGGGGAGGCGCGCCGUGCUCGGCCCACGUGUUCCGCUGCGCUCUCUGAAGGGACGGCGUCUCCGGCUGGAUCUACCCAAAGGGAGAGCCGCGCGUAAAACCGGGCUCAGAAUGUGGGCGAGCGCAGUGGCGACCGUGGCUCUGCUGCUGACCUGGGGCCAGGGCGCAGCCGCCACCCGGCUCACCUUCUACAACUCUUCCUCCGCCGAGGACGAGCUGCGCUCCAGCUUCAUCCAGCGGCGCCUGCGGGGCCAGGAGCGCAGGGAGAUCCAGCGGGAGAUCCUCUCCGUGCUGGGGCUGCCGGCGCGGCCGCGGCCGCACCUGCGCACCAAGCACAACGCGGCUCCGACCUUCAUGCUGGAUCUGUACAACACCGUCUCCAUGGAAACGAACCCGCCCGGGUACUCGUACUACCAGCCCGUCCUGCCCACCCGCGCGUCCGGGGCCAGCCCGCAGGACAGCCGCCUCCUGGAGGAGGCGGACACGGUCAUGAGCUUCCUCAACCUCAUUGAUCAAGAUCUUCAGCAUCACACACAAGAGUUUCGGUUUGACAUGUCCCGUAUUCCAGAGGGGGAGGCCAUCACCGCCGCAGAGUUCAGGCUUUACAAAGGCUUCACGCACGAGGGCACGGAGAACCAAACCUUCAGAGUCAGCGUCUACCAGCUCCUGCAGGAGAGUCGGAGCAGUGAGGUGGAGCUGCUGCUGCUGGACCAGCGGGACGUGUGGGCGUCACAGGAGGGCUGGCUGGUGUUCCACCUCACCGCCGCCAGCACGCUCUGGCCGGGCAGCCCCGAACAGACCGUCAGCCUGCACGUGGUUCUCCAGGACAGUUCUGGCCGGCGGAGCAGAGCCAGCGCUGCGGGGCUGCUGACGGGCAGCGGGCCCAAGGACAAGCAGCCCUUCCUGGUGGUGUUCUUCAAGGCCGGAGGGGUGCGGUUCCGCAGCGUCCGCUCGGCCCACGGGCACAAGGGCCGCCAGUCCAACCGCUCCAGAGCACAGAAGGCUGUCCAGGAGGCCAUGAAGGUGGCCGAGACUGCAGCAGUUUCAGACAACGUGGUGUUCUCUAAAGAGGGAUGCAAGAAGCGUGAGCUGUACGUCAGCUUUAGAGACCUGGGGUGGCAGGACUGGAUCAUAGCCCCGGAGGGCUAUGCAGCGUAUUACUGCGAGGGCGAGUGCGCGUUCCCUCUCAACUCGUACAUGAACGCUACCAAUCAUGCUAUUGUGCAAACUCUGGUGCACUUCAUCAACCCGGAGACGGUGCCCAAGCCCUGCUGCGCCCCCACGCAGCUGCACGGCAUCUCCGUGCUGUACUUCGACGACAGCUCCAACGUCAUCCUCAAGAAAUACCCCAACAUGGUGGUCCGAGCCUGCGGCUGCCACUGACCGCUCACACGGCCCUGAUGCUUCCAGGACUCGCCAGUCUUUGGCAGACGUGGAGAAACCAGAGAGAGGACGUGAUUGACCGCGUGUCUAAGACGACGCAGCUCUUACCACGGAAGAAGCUUUUAUCUGGGGAGUCUGGUUUUUUACCAGUAACAGCUGAUCUGGCCCAGACAACAACCACAGCCCAGUGGGAAGAGACCACAGAGAGACUCAACAACAGAUUUUAGUUUGUUUUUGUUUGAGUAUAAUUGUAAAAAGUUCAUUGAGAAGACGUUUUGUAGUGUAGGGAUACUUCUUAAGUACAAAACAAAGAUGCAUUACUAAAAACAUCCUGCAACAAGGCCACAGCAUGUUUGCAGGGAUGGAAUCAUGUGCAACACAUAUCUGCAAAUGAUCAUGUCUUUGUUUGGUAAUGUGCUUUUGGUAACUGAUGUCCCGUAAACCUGUAGAGCUGCGUCCUGUGUUUGAACCGGAGCGCCGUAGGUUGAAGAUGAUCUAAACCAGCUUGGAUGGACCUGGUUAGCUGUAGUAGUUCUACGAUUCAUGGGCCAGGCCGUUCCUGGACACAGAGAGAUGCAGACCUGGGGCCGGAUUCACCAAUAUGUUCUUAAGAACUAUCUUAAGAAAUGUCUUAAGAUCUAAAAUGAAGAAGUUCAUAAGAAAGUUCUUAAGUACAAUUCCUCAAUAUUUUCUUAAGAACCGUCUUAAGAACUGUCAUUUCUUACGAAUUUCUUAUUUUUCCUUUUUAAGAACUUCUUAAAAUAUGGCUGUAUCCGAAAUGGCAUACUAAGUACUACAUGCUACAUACUGCAUCAGUAUGUACUGUAUACUGCAUACUACAUUAAGGAUUCAGUAGCCGCUCCAGCAGACCGUUCACACAGCAGUAGCAGCCAAGUAUCACGGAAUUAUAUUAUAUUAUAUUAUAUUAUAUUAUAUUAUAUUAUAUUAUAUUAUAUUAUAUUAUAUUACAUUAUAUUGUAUUACAUUAUAUUAUAUUAUAUUAUAUUACAUUAUAUUGUAUUAUAUUAUAUUAUAUUAUAUUUUAUUAUUAUUCAUUUCAUUAUAUUCAGUCGAUACACCUGAAGCGAGACUUCACUACACCGAUGCAUCGCUAAAUGUGUUGAAAAAGGUUUAUAUUAGAGUUUUACCUUUUCACAGAAGAAAUUUUAAGACAGGUCAAGGUUUCUUAAAGUUAAGAAAAAAGUCAAGAAUAAAUUUGAGAACUUUUAUUUCAAGAAUACCAUUUAUUCUUUUUUCUUAAGAAGAAAGUUGAGAAAAUACUUAAGAACUUUUUUGGAGAAUAUGACUUCUUCUCUUUUUUUUCUUAAGACUGAACUUAAGAAAAAAAUUACACUUAAGAAGAUUUUUUUUCUUCAGAAGGUUUUGUGAAUCCGGCCCCUGUACUGUAAACUGGAAUGAUGCAUGAAAGUCAGCAGGAUAUCUGUGACUCCUCGUCAGGAGGUGGACGUCAGAGCACACCAAAUAUUGUUGGAAUAUAAACCAGACCGACAAACAUUGUUAGAAAGAGGCAGAUGGUUUGUUUUUGAUUCAUCAACAACCAUAACGGUGGUUUUCAAAUCCUUUCGGCUUAUAAAUGUAUGGUUUAUAAAACAUGAUCAAUUGAUUGUUGGAUUCAAGGCUGGACGCAUUUAUUUCUCUGACUUGUUUCUCAAGUUAAAGAUUGCAUCUGUGUAUGCAGAACGUGCAGUAACUGGGUGUCUAUAAAAACCUGUUUUAAAUAUUAAACAAAUGUUCAUAUUGUCAGCAAAAUAAAAUGCUAUUUAAUGCAUGGGUCUCCCCACUUGUAAUAAGUUAAACGUGCUGCUUUAAUGGGUUGAUUCGUGAAAGUCAGCUGUAGGUGGCGCUAAAUCUCCAGCGAGAACAGGAGAAGUGAACAUGAAAAACUUCCUGAGACGGCGUAGGGGAGGACCAGCUG